CAGCCACUGUCCCCGCCCCAGGCCCCUGCCGAGGACACGUAUCGGCACGUUCCCGCUGUUGUCAUCUCAUCCCAUGUCAUAGCCCCUCCCCUAGGCCUGGGACACCCCCAACCUCGACCGAGCCCCAUUAUCCCCGGGUCUAACCCCGCGCUCUCCUCACCGAGUCUGCGCUCUGCACUGACCGGCUGCCGCGGCAGCGAGCUCCCGGGCCCGGAACCCUGCAGAGGACACCGUCCCCACGUCCCCACCCUGUCAUCCGGUCCCUCUUCCUAGCUGCACCCCAGGCCUGUCCAUCCCGGCCCCCGACGGCCCAUUGUCCCCGGCCCAGACCCCGCGCUGACCGCAGGCUCGGCCCUCGCCCUGACCCGCGCGUCUCGCCCAGCACCGCUCGGGAUGCAGCCCCCAGGCUGGGCGGCCGGCAGGGCGGGUGCGGGGAAAAACGCCGACCUCCGGUGCAGCCUCUUCGCCUCCGCCCUGCAGAGCUACAAGCGCGACUCGGUGCGGCGGCCCUUCCCCGCGUCCUACGCCCGCCACGACUCUAAGGACUUUGAGGCCCUGCUUGCCGAUGCCAGCAGGUUACCCAACCUGAAAGAACUCCUCCAGUCUUCCGGGAACAAAGACAAACAGGUCUGGGAUCUGGUGAGCUGGAUUUUAUCCUCAAAGGUCCUGACAAUCCACAGUGCAGGGAAGGCGGAGUUUGAAAAGAUCCAAAAGCUGACUGGUGUCUCUCACACGCCUGUCCCUGCACCUGACUUCCUGUUUGAAAUUGAGUACUUCGAUCCAGCCAACACCAAAUUUUAUGAGACCAAAGGAGAACGAGACCUGAUUUAUGCCUUCCAUGGUAGCCGCCUAGAAAAUUUCCAUUCCAUCGUCCACAACGGCCUACACUGCCACCUGAACAAGACAUCCUUGUUUGGAGAGGGGACCUACCUCACUAGUGACUUGAGCCUGGCCCUUAUCUACAGCCCGCAUGGCCUCGGGUGGCAGCACAGCCUUCUUGGCCCCAUCCUUAGCUGCGUGGCUGUGUGCGAGGUCAUUGACCAUCCAGACGUCAAGUGCCAAGCCAAGAAGAAGGAUUCCAAGGAGAUCGAUCGCAGAAGAGCAAGAAUCAAACACAGCGAAGGGGGAGACGUCCCUCCGAAGUACUUUGUGGUCACCAACAACCAGCUUCUGCGAGUGAAAUACCUGCUGGUGUAUUCCCAGAAGCAGCCCAAGAGGGCUUCAAGCCAGCUCUCCUGGUUUUCCAGCCAUUGGUUCACGGUCAUGAUCUGUCUGUAUCUGCUGCUGCUGUUCGUGGUGAGCGUCCUCAGCUCCCCUGCUUUCCAGCACUUCUGGAACCGAGCAAAGAGAUGAUCUUCUGGACCUGGUAUGGGGCCACUGAGUCCACGUGCCUUGGGAGAACUCGUUCGGUACCUCCUGGGCCUCAGAUCCAGCCAGGUGGAGCCUGGGGCCGGUUGGGGACCCCAGGACAGCUUUUGUAUGCCAUAAAUGUCUCGAUUGCCUUUGAUGAUGCUCCCAGCCACACUCUGGUCAGCAGGGUCCCUCACUGUCAACUUUUGGGGGAGCCCUCCCAUCUGCUCCUUCAAGAGUCCUAGGGAGUUGGCUUGUCAACCAGGACCAGAGGAAAAAGUCCUGCUACCUUUAAAAACAAAGUGUCCAAGCUGUCAGUGGUGUGUUUACCAUCGUUGCUGGCUAAGGCUGGCCCUUUCUCGCAUGCCUUCUGGAAGGCGGAAACCGUGUAGUGGGGACUAUAAAUCACUAGGCGGUUGCCUUGUUUUGACUCGAGACACCCAAGAGGAAUAGUCAUGUUUCUCAUAAAAAUCAGUGGGAUCGUUUUGAAUUCCACCAGCCUUUGUACGUGAGCGUAAAACAUUUCAGUCGUUUUCGCAAAUCAACAAACGGUCUCCCGCUACAGCCGAACCCCCCUCUUCCCCACACCAGGGAUGAGGAAGGAAGGAGUCAGAGGCCUGAUAAAAAUACAGAUUUAACGAGCGACUCAAGUUGUCUUUUUCUAAAAAUGACCAACUGCUGAUUACAGCCGAAAUGGAACCACAUGUUUGUUUUCUGAUUUAAAAAAAAAAAAAAAAUUGGUUUGACAAAUCAGUGUUUGUGAGCUGAGUAAAAGGGGAAAUUUCUAAACCUAGAGCCAUUUGGCCACUGUCCACAGCCUCUCUCCUGGCUGUGUUUUCGAGACAGGGAUCUGGGUUGUAGGCUCA